AUGUGUAAACCUGAUAUUACUAUGUGGCUUGCGAUAAGUAGUUUAUUUUUCAAACCUUUUGCACAUAAACCCGGCAUUUCUUCGGCUUGUAAAACCCGAGGGGAUACGUCUGCCUCUGGUACUGUCUUCGAAAUGACUGUAUAUUAUAAUCCUUCUCCUUUCAGAAUGAUUAGACCUUCAAAAAAAUCAACUCUUGAAAGUAAUGAUGUCUCUAAAUCUGCUAAAGAAACUCUCUCCUCUUUUCAAGAAAAUUACCCACCAGAAGAAACUAUAAUUGCUAAUACUACUCCUAGCAGAAGAGAUACUGAUAACUGA